AUGGGACCGGUUCUAGCAUGUUUGGCCAGGCGGGUUGAUGACAUUCAAAACGACAUGCUUUUGCGUACUGUUACUGCGAAGGAAAUGAAAGAUGCCCUCUUUGCAAUGCAUCCAGACAAGUCUCCGGGUCCUGAUGGGCUUUCCCCGGGGUUCUUCCAAACACACUGGUCCACCAUCGGCCCUGAGUGUGUGACUACUGUGCGAUAUUCUAUCCUGGUUGAGGGAAAGGAGUGGGGGCCAGUGACACCGGGGAGGGGUUUGAGGCAGGGGGAUCUGUUAUCGCCAUACCUUUUCAUUUUGGUAGCGGAAUGUUUGAGUGCCAUGUUGAGGGCUCGUGAGGAGGAGGGGGUGUUGCAAGGCCUGAGGGUAGCGAGGGGUGCUCCGGCUGUUUCCCAUAUAUUCUUUGCGGACGAUUGCCUGUUUUUGUUUAGAGCAAAUAGGUUUGAGGCAGAGGUCCUUCAUGAUGUUUUAAUCGAUUAUGGGAGGGCAAGUGGACAGGAGGUAAAUGUGGGGAAGACAUCGAUUGUCUUUGGCCGAAAUGUACAUCGGGAGGAUAAGGAGGCUGUUUGCGAGUCUUUGGGGAUUCGGGAACAGCUAGGGCAUGGGAAAUACCUGGGUUUGCCAGGUUAUGUAGGAAGAAAGAAGAGGGAAAUUCUGGGUUUUGUGCGAGAGAGGCUGAGGGAGCGGGUAAUGCACUGGGGUAAUCGAUUUUUAUCGAGGGGAGGGAGGGAAGUACUUCUGAAAACUGUCCUCCAGAGUAUCCCAAACUAUGCUAUGAAUGUUUUCCUCCAUCCAAAUGGGCUGAGUGAAGAAAUAGAAAAGAUUAUGAACUUCUUUUGGUGGGGGUGCGAGAGAAGGGAACGAGGGGGAAUAAGGUGGAGUCAGUGGAAAGAUUUGUGUGUGCCAAAACAGUUUGGGGGUAUGGGUUUCCGUAGAGUUCGGGAGAUGAAUCUUGCAAUGCUGGGAAAGCAGGGGUGGGACUUUCUUAAAAAACCUGAGGCCCUGGGGGGAGUUCGAUGGAGGGUAGGAAAUAGAGAGACAAUUAGAAUAUGGGGCGACCCGUGGCUCCCGGAUGACACAAAACCUUAUGUUGAGUCCCCGCCUCUCGAGUACUUAGGGAACCCUACAGUGAACUCUCUUGAAUGUGUGAAUUUUAGGGAGUGGGAUUGGGAAGUGUUAUACGAUAUCUUUUGUGAGCGGAAUGUAAACCUUAUUCAAAGCAUUCCUCUUGCAAAUGGGUGUGAUUGUGAUUCACUCUACUGGUGGGGAGAACAAAACGAGGCUUACUCGGUUCGUAGUGCUUAUAGGCUUGCUGUGGGAAACAUGGGGGAUGGAGAGGGGGUGAUUUGGAAGGGGUUAUGGAGGUUGAAGAUUCCACCAAAAGUGAAAUGUUUCUUUUGGAACUUGUGUACUAUGCGGCUUCCGACAAAAGAUGCCUUAGUGAUCAAACGAGUUCCGUGUGACCCUAUUUGUGUGCUGUGUGGAAAGGCAAAUGAGAGCAGUAUUCAUUUAUUUGCAAACUGUGAUUUCGCUCAUUGUUGUUGGACUCAUUUAAAUGCUGCAUGGAAAAUGUGUUAUGCUGAUUCUAUCACUGUUUGGAUUGAAGAAAUGUGGACUGUUUUACCGGUUAAAAUGCUUGAGCAGGUUGUCAUGGUGACUUGGGCAAUAUGGGAAGUGCGUAAUGGUUUGGUCUGGCAGCAGAAGCAAUCUGAUCCGAGGGCAAUAGUGCAUGCCGCCCUUCUUUAUGCUCGGAAUUGGAGAGGAGCGAGGGAGGCGGACGAACUGACGGUGAAUAGAGCUUUGCAGAUGCCUCAAUUGGAGCCUCCUAGUCGGGUGCCACAUGAAGUGGUACGGUUGAAUAUUGAUGUGGCUAUGGACAUGAACAAUUGCCAAAUGGGGUUUGGGUGGAGCGCACGGGAUUCGGAAGGGAGGGUGCUGGGAGUAGUAAUGUUUGUUCAGAAGGGGCUGUUUUUUGUUAAGGAAGCUGAAGCAAUGGGAGCAAGGGAGGCUUUAAGCUGGAUUAAAGCCAUGGGGUGGAAUAGAGUUACGCUGGAGACGGAUGCUCAGGUUGUGACGAAUGCAGUUUCGGGGGGCUUGAAUUUAUCACCAUUUGACUUAAUCAUCUAG